AUGACAGAAAAAAGAACAAUUUUAUUACUGGGAAGAACCGGUAGUGGCAAAUCAACAAUAGCGAAUAAUGAUGAUAUUGUAUAUCACAUAAUUGAUACAAUUGGGAUUGGUGAUACAAGUCUUAGUGAGCAGCAAGUAUUACUUAAAUUAGCCGAAGCCGCUAAUGCUAUUAAAAAAGGCUUAAAUCAAAUUCUUUUUGUAACAAGUGGUCGAUUUACUGAUGAAGAAAUAAAGGCUUACACUUUACUUCGUACAGUUUUUUUUAAUGAAGAUAUAGGAAAAUAUACUACGAUUGUAAGAACAAAAUUUCCUACCUUUCGCCGAGCCGAAAGAUGUCGUGCUGAUAAAGAAACUAUGAUUAAAGAAAGUGAAGAUAUCGCUGAUAUAAUUCGUUCUUGCAAGAAAGUUAUACAUGUGAAUAAUAUGACUGAGGAUGAAGAUCCAGAGUUAAAGACACGAGCUGAAUGUAGAGAAAUAUUGAGAAACCAUUUAAAGUUUAAUUGUGAAGAAAUUUAUCGACCAAGCAAUCUUGAUGAAGCUAAUGAGAGAAUAAGAAAUCACAUGAGCGAUAAAGAAAGGACUCAAAAGCAAAUGGAUGAUCUUAAUGAGAAGUUAAGAAAGUCGGAAGAAAGAGCGAGAAAUGCUGAUGCUGAGGCACGUAAAAGAGAAGAAAGGAUGCAAAGGGAAUAUAAGGAAAGUUUGAAUAAUUUAACUAACCAACAGACACAGAGAGAUGAAAAAUUGGUGAGAGAGAUGGCUGACCAAAUGAAUUCUAAAUUAAGCAUUAUGGAAAAAGGUUAUAGCAAAAUUGUUGAUGAAUUGAAAUCUCAGACUAGUUAUUUGGUUAAUCAAUUAAAUUCAGAAAGAUCUGAAUAUAAAUCAGCGAUGGAGGCUCAAAUAAGAGAGCAGAGAAGGGAGAUUAAGGAGGUUUAUUUUUCGGCAAAAGAAAUUUACAAUGAUAGACUUUCUUAUUUUGACAAUAAUGAUAUUAGUUUGUCGUUAAACGUAUUUAAGUUGGGUUUUGAAAGGAUUGAGGAGUUUUGGAAAAAUUGGCAAGAGAAAGGAAUUUCCCCUACUGAUGAAGAACUAGAUUUAUUGGAAGAAGCAUUCGAGGAGGAGUUAAUGCCAAAGCCAGGGAAAAACAAGGAGUUUACUCCGAGUUUUCUUAAAAAGACAAAGAAAAAGCAUGAGAUUUUAGGAGGAGUUAAGGAAGUCAAUGUUUUAGAUGUUUUUGAGGAAAGAUGGUGGAAAGCAAGAAAUAAGGAGAAAAGCGGGCAUAAAAUUAGGUAUUAUGUAGAACCAGUAAUUAGAUUUGGUGGUUUUGUACCGGAAAAACCUUACCUUAACGAAGAAACAGGACAAGGCGAAAUAGAAAGAGGAUUUCACCGAAGAGAACCUCUGCUAGUUCUUGGUGAUAAUUUUCCUAUUCUCACUAGCACUAUUUACCUAAACGAAUUAUUUCUUUAUUAUCAGUUAGGACUAAGGCACUAUUAUGAAGAGAAAAUUCAAUUUAAGAAAUUGUUUGACUUCAAUGCUUUAAUUUAUGUUCUCGCUCACGAAAUAAUUCAUGCAAUUCUGACCGAUUUUUAUCCGGAAGAGGAAGAACAUGGAGAUUUACAUAAGAAAUUAGUAGAGGAAAUGAAAAAACUUAUUGAGAGUUCAGAAGAAUAUCAAGAAUUAAAAAACUAUUUGGCUGAAAAUCCCCAUUCUAGUUCUUUGAAAGAAAUCAUCAAGUAUAGCAAAAGAGCAUUAGAUAGUAACGAAGAAAAACAAGCAAUAAAAUUAGGUGUAGCAUUAGCCCACGACUUGAAUACUAUCUGUGACGACAAAAAAGCAGGCUAUGUGAAAGAUGAGAAAGAAAAGAAAUUUUGCCCUGGUUCUUGGUUCAUGAACCUUGCAGAAGUUAACCAAGUAUCAGUUCUCCAACCUAGAUACUUACCAAAUAAAAAAUCAAAACACGGACAACAUAGGGAGAAUUAUCACCGUGAUUAUUACCAAAAUAACCGGCAAAAAUUAGAAGUUAAAAAUAAGGUUCCACAAAAGAAAGGUUGGGCUGAUUUGAGUUAUCGGGAAAAAGAGACUAUUGAGGAUUUGAAAAUUAAACAUGGUGAAUACGGAUUAAGAACUGGAACUUUAAUUGGUCGGAAAUUCUUUGAAGUUGUUGAUUUAGAUUUCAGAAAAGAUAAUCACAGUGAAAAAAUGAUUGAAAGAUUGAAAAGAAAUUUUAAGUUAAUGGUUGACUUUUUAGGAAUUUCUUAUGUGGAAACUAAAAACGGUUUUCAUGUUUACUUAUUAUCACAAGAAAAAAUAACUAAUUCGGCUCUUUAUUAUCAAGCUAUUACCAACGAAAAAGGUGGCACUGGAAAAUCUACUAUUGCCUGCUUAUUAGUGGAAUAUCUUAACAGUCUUAAAAAAAAAGUUCAAUUAAUCGAUACUGAUCCGAUUCAAACUUCCCAAACUUGGGUUAAUAAUUGCAAACUAGAAGGUCGGCAAGUUUCUACUAACCAAGCUGCUUAUCAAAUUAUUGACACGGCAGGAAGUUCCGAACAACGUCAAGGUUUAGACCAUUUACAAGAAGUAAUCAAGGAGGAAAAACACGGUCAAAUCACCAAUCCUUUAUCUAAUCGUCCUGCUCUUUAUGGAACUCUGCUGAAUGGUAGUAAAGAUAACUUCUUUGCUCGGAAAGGACUUUUUAAAGUUAAAUUUACCGGAAUUCAAGCCAAAAUAUCUUUUCGUUGUGAUACUUUUUUAUUGGACAGAAUUAAAAAUAGCUUGACUAGUCAGCAUUUAGCCGGUAAUUAUCAAUACCCUAAUCUUAGUUAUUUCUUUCGUUCAGCUCUCCAUGCUUAUCAACAUGGCAUGCCUUUAACCUAUCAACGAGAAUUAAAUAAUCCUAAGAAAGAAAUCUCUUUUCGUCUCACUGAGGAACUAAUGAAUUUUUAUAAUACUUUGCCAUUGAAUUCUAGGACAGAAAUAAUGGAACGAGCAUUAGGGAGUUUUUAUUAUCAGG